GACGUUAAUCAGCAGACAUAACUGCCGUUCCAUGUCUGUUUGGAAUUUGUCGUCGGUUUUAUUCUGAUAAGUGCACCUGGUGAACAUCGCCAUUAACAUAGUUCUCACAAGCUUGCGCGGACGUGUCUAUACGUCUCCUCUGUUGCGCACUAUUCUGGAAUCACUGUGAGUGUAUCUCGCGCCUGAUUUGUGACCGAACCCGAUCGGAGCGCUUCCAUGCGCGAAGGACUAGGUUUCCAUUCUGACCCUACAACGCCGUGAUCCUCUUCUUGAGGAGGAGAUGGCGGAAAGAAUUACCGAUCAACAGGUCGCCGACCUCAUUGCCAUUUUGCGCACCGAUGCCUCGUUUGAUGCCAAGGCCCAGCAGGUCAAUGCGGUCAAGUCCAGCAUCAAGCAACACACAGUCCCUGAAACCUGCAUUGUGCCUCUUUUCGAAGCGCUGCGUGCGGCCUCGAGCUCUCAGCAUGGGCUGCUCACGAAUUCCGGCUUCACAGCACUCAACCACCUCUUCACACGGCUAGCGCGGCAGGAGCCCAAGUAUCUGGCGAAGGAGGGCGCUCGCGCAUUGCCGUUGAUUGUUGAGAAGCUGGGUGAUCAAAAGGACAAGCUUCGCGCUCUGGCACACCAAAUGCUCGCUACGCUCUACAAGGUGGCGCCCCUGGAGGUUGAACUCUCUGUGCGCAAUACAGCAAUGGUUGGGAAGAACGCAAGGGCGAAGGAAGCUAGCCUGCAUUGGCUCCUGAGGAUGCACCAAGAACAUGGCCUCCAGUUCCGAGCCUACGUCCCAACACUGAUGGAGCUGCUCGAGGACGCGGAUGGGGGAGUGCGGGAUACGGCCAAGUCCACCGUUAUCGAGCUAUUCAGGACUGCACCCGGUGCUGCGAAAUCCGAUCUGAAAAAGCAGCUAAAGACCUUCAAGGUCCGCCCGGCCAUCGAACAGGCGAUCGUCAAAGCGCUUAACCCCGCAAGCGCUGCUCCGGCUUUACAGCCUGACAGUCUGGCUGAACGCCCCCCGUCGCGCAUGGCCCACGCAGCAAGUGUAUCCUCCGUCCCCGACCGUCCAGUGACUCCCGGGCUUGUGGACCACCGCGCUGAGGCGGUAGAGCCGUCAUACGUGAACACAUCGCGAGAGCUCGACGAAAUAUUGCGGGAUAUGCAACCUUACUUCGAGGACAAAGAAACAGAGCAGAACUGGUUGAAGCGCGAAGAGAGCAUAGUCAAGCUGCGUCGGCUCGUGGCUGGGAAUGCUGCGACCGAUUUCAGCGAUCAGUUUCUUUCAGGGCUUAGGACGCUACUGGAUGGGAUUCUCAAGGCUGUCAACUCGCUGCGGACCAGUCUCUCGAAGGAGGGCUGCAGCCUGGUCCAGGACAUUGCGAGAGUGUACGGUCCAGCAAUGGAUCCUAUGGUGGAACUGCUGAUGCAGACCUUCAUCAAGCUCGCCGCCGCGACCAAGAAAAUUAGCUCCUCACUCGCCAACACCACGGUCAAUGCUAUCAUCUCCAGGGCUACGUACAACACGCGGAUCAUGCAGCAUGUGUGGAUGGCAUGCCAGGACAAAAACGUCCAGCCGCGGCUGUACGCUACCGGGUGGCUGGAAACACUGCUCAACAAGGAAGCUCACCACAAGAACCACGUGGAGCACACUGGUGGCCUGGACCUGAUUGAGAAGUGCAUCAAGAAAGGGCUUGUGGAUCCCAAUCCUGGCGUGAGAGAAAAGAUGCGCGCGACUUACUGGACCUUCGCCCGUAUUUGGCCGGCAAGGGCGGAGGCUAUUAUGGGCGGACUUGAUCCGACCGCAGCAAGGCGGCUGCAAAAAGACCCUAACAACCCCAAUUCGCCUAAGAAGUCGGAAGGGGAGGCCCGGCCUGGGAUGGGUUUGUCCAAGAGCACAAUGGGUACUUCAAAACCAAGUCUGCGCGACGCGAUGCUCGCUCAGAAGAGAGCCAUGACCACUAAGACACUCCUCGCGAGGCCGGGUUCAGCCAUGUCGCACUUCUCCGCAGCGGCAGGAUCAUCUCAGGCGCCCGCAGCGACUGCCCCUUCCACCACUGCUCGCACGAUACCAGAGUCCACCAUCCUUACCUCCACGGGAGGGCUUUCUGGCGCCCCUGUCCGGCCGGGAAGGAGGAGGCCUGAAAUGGCUGCCCGCCCUGCCACAGCGGGACCAUACUCGGUGAGAAGCCAUGACCAGCCGUCGGCUGAGCAGGGGAGCCCUCCCAGCAAUGCCAAGGCGAAAGCAGUCACGCCCAAGUCAAUCACUUCAUCUCCAAAACGGACGGUCCCUAAGACGGUACGACCGAACCAACCUGCAUCUCCGGCAGAUUCUCAUCUCUCCGCGCCCGUAAGGGCAGGGACGCCAAAAGGCUUAGCGUCUCCUCUGAGCACGCCCUCAAGGACUGUGCGACAAGCUUCCGUCCCGCCGUCCAGCAGCCCGUCAAAGGCGCAUGAGGACUUCACCUUGGUCCUACCAACUGUGGCAGUACCUGCGGCCUCGCCGCCUAGGGAGGAUCUGCCUCCGGCGAACCUGAUUGACAACGAGCCAACGACUGGGAGUCCGUCUGGCACUCCUUCGCCUUCCCCGAUUCCUAGAGCGUCAUCCGCUGUGCCGGUCAGCCCCCCUCGGAGAGUCGCUUCUGCACCGGAGCCUGGAAGCCCAGUAGCCACCCCGCCAAGGAUUGUCGAUGCCGCGCUUCCCACUUCGGCUAGCUCCUCACGUUCUCUGAAAGUCUACGAGGAUCCUGUUACCAGGGAGGAGGCGACACCGAAGCCUAUCUUCGGGUCUGUCUUGGAAGAUAGGCCAGUCAACGAGGACGCUUCCAUCUUGCAACAAGUUAGCCAACGACAACAGAACGUCGAAGCCAACGGCCUUUCCCUUUCGCCCGAGAAAACCAAGCAGAACCUGCGUCUCUUUGACAGUGGCAUCUCCAAGGUUCAGCAAAAGUCCCUCGACAUCCACGGCUUCCGCAAGCUGCAGGCCAUCAUCCGCGACAGCGACUUCGGAUCAGGCACCGCGCCGCUCAUCAGCGACGAUAAGUUCGACGCACUGACGUGCGGGCUUUUCGACUUCCUCGAGUCGCCACUCGCCCAUCUUCCCCCGGAAAAAGCUCACGAUGUGAAAACCCAGGUACUGGCGACGAUCAAGCUACUCCUCAAACGCAUGCGCCACUCAUUCCAGCCACACGUGUCGCGCGGCCUAGAGAGCCUCCUGCGCGCCCGCGCUACCUAUGAAGGAAGGACGCACAUUGUGAUCGGCCUGGACCUGCUCGCGUCAGAACUUGCCGCCCUAGGCGACGCGAGUGAGAUCGUCAUGGUGCUCUCGCGUAUGCUGGCCGACAUGGAUGUCAAUGCUCCCGGCACCAGCAGGUCGCUUAGCAUGGGGUUGCACAUUCUCACCGAGAUGAUGGAUUCGCGCGGUGCCGCGUUUAGUCCGUCCGCCGCAGAGCUGGAUGCUCUUGCUGCGCUGGCGGCGCGGUGUCUCGAAAGCCUAGAUUCGGGGGUCCGCAUGGACGCGGUGCUUCUGUGUGUUGCGCUGCAUGCCCGGGUCGGGGAUGCGCGGUUCUGGGAGGCUGUCAGGACGGUGAAGGACGAUCCCAAAAGCUUAAUUACGUACUAUAUUGCCAGGAGGAAACAGGAGAUGGGCACGAGGCCCGUUGUUGGGCAAGCUGCUUAGAGGGCAGGCUUUGAUGCGUUUGGUGUAAGGCUGCGUAGGAUUCGAUUGCGGUUUGGUCAUCUUUUCGGUUCUAAAGGCUUGGAUUAGAGCAUGGUGCUCUGGUGCUUCGAUGAAGGCAGAGUUCCGGACACUGCCCGUUCAUGCUCUAGUCCUUUGUGUAUCAUUACUGUACUACUACGAGGGCGGGAGACGGGAUAGGUGGUGUUGGGGAGCAGGAAAAACGGGGAACAUCACAUUGUGUACAUACAUGGCGUGGCAUCCAUAAAUGGGCGGCGCGUGUUGGGCCCUGCAAAUGGCUGCUUGGGCUGGCGUCUGGCUAGGAUUGUUCUGCAGGCUACCUCAGGUAGUGCUGCGGCCGGCUUUGAGAUGUGGAUGGCCACCAUCAGCGAGGUUUUCUCUGAUAUCAGGGGAGGAUGCUUGAUUUCCAUACCUAGAAUUACCGUUCAGUCCACUAAGCCCCUCUGACAAUAUUCUGUGUCACAGCAAAACCUCUCU